CCCUAAGCACCCUAUCAGGGUUCCAGACCACACCUGCUCCCUCUCUGCAUCAGAAACUCAUUUCCCAACGCUUGUUCACCUGGGACGGCUGCUCAUUCCAAAGCUGGAGAUGUUAAAGGACAAUAAGGUGGACAUCCUGGAGGGGCCCCAGAACCCAGCUCCCAUGGCCACCACCGUGAUCAACAUCCAGACUGAGACGUCCGUGCCCGACCACAUCGUCUGGUCCCUGUUCAACACAAUCUUCAUGAACUGGUGCUGCCUGGGCUUCGUGGCCUUUGCCUACUCCGUGAAGGUGGGUGUGUGGGUUGGGGGGGUUCUCCCAGAAAGUACAGGUGCCUCCACCGCCAAGUGCCUGAACAUCUGGGCCCUGGUCCUGGGCAUCCUUCUGACCAUGAUAUUCAUCAUUCUUUUCUUCACUGGAGCACUGGUGCUUUCAGUAAACACAGUGCAUACUAUGAGGCAACAGAGAGGCUACCACUAGCUGCUCAUGGCAGGAGACACCAGUCCUCCAGCAUCCAUUGUGGCUGUGCUUCCCAUGCUUCCUGGGCUGUUGUGUUGGGCCCGUCCCUCAGCACCCACCCCUGUACCCUGUGCUUAAGCAGACUUCCCUGACCACAACUGAACUCAAUAAAGUACCCUUGUGUGUGA